AGAAACAUCAACAGCAACAGCAGCAGAGACGACACUGUUUCCUUAUCCUCUUCUUCCUCUCCACCUUCUUCUUCUUCUUCUUUCUCUGUAUCUCUCUCUGAACUUCCCUCCCUUUUUCUUCUUUUCCUUCUCAAAUUCGAUGCUAUUACUCACAAAUCCUCUCUCUUUCCGAUGUUGCAAGAGGUCUCUGUCUCUCCCGCGCACAAUGCCGCCCUCACUGCCACCGCCUUUCCCGUUCUUCAACCCAAAAUCCCGCCAUUUUCGUCUGCCUCCAAACCCUAACUCCAAGGCCGUUGGAGGAGUAAGAUUCGACGGCCCGGCGAUCGAAGUUGGCCAAGUGUCGGAAGCCGAGGACGGCGACUUGGUGAUCGAGACCGGCGUCACGCGGACGCUGCCUCCGGCUUUGACUCUUCAGCAAGGACUUGAAAAAAUCAGAGAGGCCGUUGAGGAGUUGAAGCGCAAUCCUCCUUCCACUUGUACCGGAAUUCAUAGGUUUCAGGUGGCCGUGCCCCCGAGUGCCAAAGCCUUGAACUGGUUUUGCAGUCAACCGGAGACUUCUGCGGUUUAUCCUCUGUUUUUCAUUGGCAAGGAUGCCAAAAACCCGAGUUAUAAGUCGCUGUAUGCAAAUGAAACUCGAGGAGUUUUCGGAAUUGGUGCCGCAGUUCACUUUGCACCUUCAUCAUCUUCUUCUUCGGUCAAAAGAUAUCUUUCAAAUGAAUCAACCUCUGUAAUGGCUUAUGGUUUGGUGGAUAUUAAUUAUGACCACGAGUCAUCUUUCAUAAAACAUGAAGCAGGUUCUUACCACUUUUUCGUUCCUCAGAUUGAGUUACAUGAGUACGAGGGCGCUUCUGUUUUAGCAGCAACAAUUGCUUGGAGUGUCUUCCCUUGUACAUUUGUGGAAGCCAUUCAUUCUUUUGAGUUAUGUUUCAACCAGGCUAGUUGUCACUGUUGGCACACGCCAAAGAGCUCCCACUCCAUGAAUAUAAGACGUACUCUUGGAAAGCUCAAGCUUCAUGAGUAUGGAAAUGUUCCUUUGGUAUACAUGAACGCUCUGUCAUCAAGCAGAAAAUAUGUUGUGGCUAACAUCACGACGCUGAAAGAGACUCCGUUUUCCUGCCAGUUUUGUAUCAAGCUUUCACCUACCAUUGCAGUUUCUAGCAACAUGUUGGACCAUACCAAUAAAAUGUGCUACUCAGUUGAAGAUUGGGCCAACAUCAAUACCGUUUGGGCAUCACUUAUAAUUGAAGAAUGUUCUCGACUUGGUUUGACGUAUUUUUGUGUAGCUCCAGGAUCAAGAUCAUCCCCUCUUGCUGUUGCUGCCUCCACUCAUCCUCUUAUUACAUGUAUGGUAUGUUAUGACGAGCGCUCACUUGCAUUUCAUGCUGUUGGUUAUGCAAGAGGAUCUCAGAAGCCAGCUGUUGUCAUAACGUCAUCUGGAACUGCAGUUUCAAAUCUUCUUCCUGCUGUUGUCGAGGCUAGUCAAGAUUUUGUACCACUCCUAUUGCUCACAGCUGACCGUCCUGCAGAAUUGCAUGAUGCUGGAGCAAACCAAGCUAUCAAUCAGGUAAACCAUUUUGGUUCUUUUGUGAGGUUUUUCUUCAGCCUUCCAGCAGCCACCGAUCGUAUUUCAGCAAGGAUGGUACUUACAACACUUGACUCUGCUGUACAUUGGGCAACCUCGUCACCGUGUGGCCCUGUUCAUAUUAACUGUCCUUUCAGGGAGCCACGGGAAUAUAGCCCUAGCAAAUGGAUGACGAGUUGUUUGAAAGGAUUAGACUUUUGGAUGUCUAGCACCGAGCCAUUUACUAAGUAUAUUAAGGUACAGAGUGCUCACACGUAUGAUGAUGGUUGUGGGCAAAUGUCAGAGAUUCUAAAUCUAAUUAGAGGGACUAAUAAAGGGAUUCUACUAAUUGGUGCAAUCCAUUCAGAAGAUGAGAUGUGGGCAGUUCUUCUCUUGGUUAAACACCUUCAAUGGCCUGUUGUAGCUGACAUCCUGUCAGGAUUACGAUUGAGAAAGCUGCUGACUUCUUUUCCUGAAAUUGGAGAUGAUUUGUUAUUCGUUGAUCAUCUUGACCAUGCUCUACUUUCAGAUUCCGUGCGUAGUUGGAUAAAUUUUGAUCUGAUUAUUCAGAUUGGGAGUAGAAUUACAAGCAAGCGUGUUGCUAAAAUGCUAGAGGACUGCUUUCCCUGCUCAUAUAUCUUGGUUGACAAGCAUCCAUUUCGUCAUGAUCCCUCUCAUAUUGUAACCCAUAGAAUCCAAAGUAGCAUUGUUGAAUUUUCCGAUUGUUUAUGUAAAGCUGGGCUUCCCUGUAUGAGCAAAGAAUGGAGCACUUAUCUUCAAACGUUAAAUGUGAUGGUUUCGAGGGAGUUGUCAUUUCAAAUUUAUGCCAGAGACUUCUUGACUGAACCUCAAGUUGCAAGCGUGAUAUCCAAAGCACUUUCAGCCGAGUCUGCUCUUUUCAUUGGGAACAGUAUGGCGAUACGUGAUGCAGAUAUGUACGGAUGUGGUUGGUCAGGUUGUAGUCAUAAUACUGCAUCCAUGAUUUCAAAAUUACAACUACCCUGUCAUAUGAUUCGGGUGGCUGGGAAUAGGGGUGCCAGUGGUAUUGAUGGGUUACUCAGCACAGCUGUUGGCUUUGCUGUUGGAUGCAAUAAACGAGUGCUUUGCGUGAUUGGGGAUGUUUCUUUCCUCCACGAUACAAAUGGCUUGGCAAUUGUGAACCAGAGGACAUUGCGGAAACCAAUGACGAUAGUUGUGAUCAAUAAUCAUGGUGGUGCAAUAUUCAGUCUCCUUCCUAUAGCGGAUACAGUUGAGCCAAGCAUACUAAAUCAAUACUUCUACACCUCUCACAAUGUUUCAAUCCACAACCUGUGUGUGGCACAUGGUGUGAUGCAUCUACAUGUGAAGACAAAGGUGGAGCUGGAAGAUGCAUUAUUGACAUCUCAAGAUAAAGAGGUGGAUUGUGUCAUUGAAGUUGAGGGCUGCAUAGAUGCCAAUGCCACCUUUCACAGUACUUUAAGAAAGUUUGCGUGCCAAGCAGCAGAUCAUGCGUUGAGCCUCUCCUCAAAGAUUUCUGUUCAAGACUCACCAGCUGAUGGCACUUUACUUUAUAGAGUCCAUAGAAUGGAGUAUUCAGUAUUUAGUAUACCACUCUGUGCUCCUCCUACUAUGGUUUCUGUUGAUGAUAAUGAAACCAGCUUCUACAGAGAAGGGUUUAUUUUAACUUUGUAUCUUGAGGAUGGAAGCAUUGGGUUUGGCGAGGUUUCGCCUCUCGAUAUCCACAGAGAAAGCCUGCUUGAUGUAGAAGAGCAACUGAGGUUACUUGUUCAUAUGAUGGAAGGAGCUAAGAUUAGUUGCUUCCUUCCUCUGCUAAAGGGCUCUUUUUCUUCUUGGAUAUGGACCAACCUGGGAAUACUGCCAUGCACGCUCUUGCCUAGUGUUAGAUGUGGUUUGGAAAUGGCAAUUCUCAAUGCAUUAGCGACAAGGCAAGGUUCCAACUUAUUAGGCCUACUCCAUCCCUUGAAAGCUGAAGGAGGUAUAUCUGAAAGGCCGAUGACAGUUCAGAUUUGUGCCCUAGUUGAUUCCAAUAGAACGCCCACUCAAGUAGCUGAUGUUGUAGCAGCACUUGUUGAAGAAGGAUUUACUGCAGUAAAGCUGAAGGUAGCACGUCAGGGGAGUCCCUUGCACGAUGCUGCAGUUAUACAGGCAGUAAGAAAGAAAGUUGGGUACCAGAUUCAAGUUCGUGCAGAUGCCAAUCGGAACUGGACAUAUAAAGAAGCUAUCCAGUUUGGUUCCUUGGUAAAGGAUUGUGAUCUGCAGUAUAUUGAGGAACCUGUUCAAAACGAAGGUGAUAUUGUCAAGUUCUGUGAAGAAAGCGGGUUACCCGUGGCACUGGAUGAAACUAUUGACAGUAUUAGAGAACAUCCACUUGACAAGCUAGUGAAGUACACCCAUCCAGGAAUAGUAGCUAUUGUUAUUAAACCUAGUGUUGUUGGUGGCUUUGAAAAUGCAGCAAUAAUUGCUCAGUGGGCUCAGCAGCACCAGAAAAUGGCCGUUGUUAGUGCUGCAUUUGAAAGUGGCCUAGGUUUGUCAGCAUAUAUUCAGUUUUGCUGUUAUCUCAACCUGAAAAAUUCAGAAAUCUGUGAAAUGAUGAAUUAUGAAUUGGCCCCGUCAAUAGCCCAUGGUUUAGGAACAUACCGCUGGCUAAAAGAAGAUGUAACAACCACUCCUCUCAAGAUAGGUUGUAAUCCAGUCAGUGGCUUCGUAGAAGCAUCUGUUGCUGAUGCUGAUCAAGUUAUUCAAAAAUUUCAAAUAAAUGGCAAUGUAGUUCAUAGAAAUUUUACUGGAGAGCAAGUCCGCGUAUUCCAGCUUACUGUAGAUUCAAAGGCUUUCUCUUAUUCCAUCAUAGUCCACGAGAUUGGAGAAAGAUACAAUGAAAAUGUUUUUGUAUUUCUUCAUGGGUUUCUUGGAACUGGUGAAGAUUGGAUUGCUAUGAUGAAGGCGAUUUCAGGAUGUGCAAGAUGCAUUUCGAUUGACCUUCCUGGUCAUGGUGGAACAAAGAUACAGAACCAUGGUGAUAACGAUGCUGUACAGGAUUCAGGUUUGUCAAUUGAGGUUGUUGCCGAUCUUUUAUGUGAAGUGAUUAAACAGAUUACGCCUGGAAAGGUUACUAUUGUGGGUUACUCUAUGGGAGCAAGGAUUGCACUCUACAUGGCUUUGAGGUGUACAGACAAAGUCAAUGGAGCUGUUGUAAUAUCUGGAAGCCCUGGGUUAAAAGAUGAAGUGGAUAGAAAAAUUCGUAGAGCUAAGGAUGACUCUAGAGCUCGCUUCCUUAUUGAUCACGGCUUAGAGCUCUUCCUAGACACCUGGUAUUCUGGAGAGCUGUGGAACAGCUUAAGAGUCCAUCCCCGAUUUCGUCAGAUAGUUUCCAGCCGCCUGCAUCAUGAAGAUGUGCAGAGUCUUGCAAAAGUGCUUUCCGGUUUAAGUAUUGGGAGGCAGCCGCCAUUGUGGGAAGACUUGAAGCACUGCAAAACACCCCUUUUGCUAAUUGUUGGAGAGGAGGAUAAAAAGUUCAAGGCGAUAGCUAAGGAUAUGUCCUGUGAAUUUGCUGGUGGCACGGCGAGUGGAGACGGCCCUCCCCAUGACAUCUAUGAGAUAGUUGAGAUUCCAGAUUGCGGACAUGCUGCUCAUCUGGAGAACCCUCUCCCUGUAAUCAGCACAUUGAGACGAUUUUUGGGGAGAGUGAACUCGAAUUUGAUUCAAAACCAGAAGGCAAUUUAGAGAUGUUACUAUCUUCGCUCUUUUACGCAUUUGCUUUGUGAUGGAUACAUUGGGGAUGUCCAUAAAUACAUAAAUCGUGGCAGUCAUACAGAAGCAUAGCAACGAAUAUUGCCAACUUGCUAUCUGUCUAAGCAACUGCAUUUUCCAUCGCUACAUGAUGCUGUCGCCAACGCACUUCAUUUUACCUUCACGGCUAGUCAAACAUCGGCCUCUUUCCGGUGACUGGACGAUUUCUGGUGCUGGCUCAAAGCCACCCAAAAACUCUGCAUGUGUAUUUGAUGUCGAGGCAAAUUACUGUGCCUCAAGAUCUAGAGCGUUCGGUUUUGUUGCACCGAGAGUCAGAAGAACAUCGUUUUUUAACCAAACUGCUGGAUUCACUCAAGAACUCUUGUUCUUAGAUUGUAAUCCUCAUUGUGUUGAAUUAUCAAUAUAUCGUUGCAUUUAA